CCAGGAAAUAUUAUUUUAUAUUGAUCCUAGUUUAUAACCCUGAAAAGAGGCUUAACCAUAGACCUUUUAGUGCUUUAAAACAAGACUUGAAAAGUCAAAGAAUCAUACUCCAAUUGGAACCGUAGGCAACGCCCAUCAUCAUCAAGUUAGAUUGAAUCCUGGUGGUUCGGCAUUUGUUGUUCGUAAGAGAUUACUUGCUAGCCUAGCAAGCUACUAGCAAUCUUCGGUAGAUUCUAUCUAAACAGCUGACUGAUAUUCAAAGAAUGUUGGUGUCCCUGUAACCAUAUAUGUUGUUUCUGACAGUGUCUAUACCUAACUGAUUAAUCAUUUAUUAUCAAUUUGGGCUGCAGACAUCUAGUCUUAACAGCUCAUCAAAAAAAUAAGACCUGAUUUAAUUUCCUGGCCGCUGCGCUGUCAAAGAAGCAGAAACGCCAACGGAUGGCAGAGGCAACACUUGUCGUGGGCCCGACAUAGACGGACACCAAUUUGGACUUUGAUGAGUAAUGAACCUAAAUCCAUUUUGGAGCAUGUCUACCAAUCCCGGUCGUAAGAGAUCUGAUAGCGAGGAGCAGAGUGGUCAGGGCGAGCAGAGAGCCAGCCCCGCCCGGCCGCCCUUUGGAAAGAAGCAGCUGCCCUCCAUCCCGAAGAACGCGGUCCCCAUCACCAAGCCAGCCUCGCCUGCCGCCUCAGUCCAGGCAGCCAACGGCACACACGCCUCCUACGGCCCCUUCUACCUGGAGUACUCGCUGCUGGCCGAGUUCACGCUAGUGAUCAAGCAGAAACUCCCAGGAAUCUAUGUACAGCCAUCCUACAAAUCAGCACUGAUGUGGUUUGGGGUCAUAUUCAUCAGACAUGGCUUGUACCAGGACGGUGUCUUCAAAUUCACUGUGUACAUCCCAGACAACUACCCUGACGGGGAGUGUCCUAGAGUUGUCUUCGACAUCCCAGUGUUCCACCCCCUAGUGGACCCAGUGUCAGGAGAGCUCGACGUCAGCAGAGCCUUCAACAAGUGGAGACGCAAUCACAACCACAUCUGGCAAGUCCUGAUGUACGCACGCACAGUAUUCUACAAGAUCAGCACCCUGGAGCCACUUAACCCAGAGGCUGCUGUGCUGUAUGACAAAGAUGUGCAGCUGUUCAAAAGCAAGGUGGUAGACAGUGUGAAACUAUGCAACAGUCACCUCUUCGACCAGCCGAAGAUUGACGAUCCGUAUGCAAUAAGCUUCUCACCAUGGAACCCAGCUGUCCAUGACGACGCAAAGGAACGAAUGUUCACACACAAAAGACGGCCUGAAGAUCACCACAAGGGCCUGCAGGUGUCAGGAUUGUCCUGGGUGAAGCCAGGAACCACACAGCCCUUCAGCAAAGAUGACAACCCUCCCCUAAGCUGAGCAUGCAGUCCUGCCAAAGAGCCACUAGAGGGAGGCACAGAGCAGAAUACCAUGCCACAUAAUGCACCUCAGCUGAUCAUGCUAAUUGGCUCUCUGAACCAGUUGGAUGGACUCCAUUUUUAACUCAACACUUGCUCAGCUUUAAAAGCAUUGUAGGCAUCUGCUCCGAUGGCUUCAGAACUAAAGAGUAUCUGUAAAUGUAAAGCAACUACGACAACUGGAUGUCUAGUAACACUAUAGGCUGCAAUGCAAUCAAAGAGCUUUUUUAUUUCUUUAGAUCCUCGCACAUACAUUGGGGUUGGUUAUGAUACCCUUUCAAUGAUGGUUGAAUAAGAGCCAGAGAAUAAGAAUCUGCAUUGAUGAGAGUUGGGCUGUAAUGUAUGUUAGGACUGGUUAUUAAUGGGACAUUGGAAUGUUUUUGGAGUCCAGAGGUUGGGUGCAAAAGUUAUAAUUUCUUGUUUGACCACAUUUACGCGUUGUCAAAUUUAAUUAGACUCAAUUUUUAUGUUUUUACUUAUUUGAUUAUCUAAAUUUUUCUAUUUACUGUGUAAACUCUUGUCUUAAAUAGUUCAUAAUAUAUAUAUAUAUAUGUGAUGCAGAGCAGGAAUUUAAGGUUUUAAUUUAAUUAAGCUCUUGUACUUUACUCAUUUUAAUUAAUUUUGAAUAUCAUAAGCCUACCCUUAAUUAGUUUAUUGGUGUGAUCUGUAAAUAAUGGAUGCUGUGGAAAUUGCUGACCUCAAAAGGAAUAAUUUUCUUGCUGAAACUUGUCGGCUCUAUACGCUGUGAAUUCGGUAAACUUAUAGGUGUUUUUUUUACUUCACAUGCUGCCCUGUAGACUUUUGAACAUGUGUAGGCCUACUUAUUUCAACCCCCUAAAAUCGAACAAAGUCGUCAUCAGUUUCUAAACGGCAGUGCUGUAUUGGCAAUGCGUGUUUGAAGGCUUUUCUCUCUGAAGACGAAUAAACAGAUUUAUGCAUA